CGUCUUAGCUGCUGGCACGUCCUCAGUACAAUACCUUAUCCAACACCGCUGCUGCGGAGUCCCGUGGAACCUCCAGAUAUUCCUGCCAGUCUUUACCACGCGCUCCCCAUCUGUGCAGCGUCGUCCAGGGCAAUCAUUCAGACUCAAAACACAAAACGGACCGCUUGGCGCCUUGCACUGAAAUUUACGCACCCGACGAGAGAUGAUGGAGUUCUACGUGGACGAUUUCGAAAACUACGAACACUUGGGCCACUUCUACACGGAGGGGGAUGUCGAGGGACCGGAGGGGGACCGAGCGGACGAGGGUGCGGACCGCAGGCAUGGCCAGAACAGCGAAUCGGAGAGCGACAUCGACGUGCUUGACCCCGACCCAGUGGCUGGCGAGGGCGACGACGACCACAAUGUCGUCCAGGAAGAGGCGGCGGCGGCCUUAGACAUGUCCCAGGAGGGCUGCUGCGUCGAAGCCGAGAACCAGCAGAACCUGCGGUGGAGCCAGGGAUUGUCCGAUGUCCGCAUCAGGGAGUUCUCCCAGAGCAGCGGGCCCCAGCACAGCCUGCCACUCGACGCCACGCCACUUGACUACUUCUUGCUGCUGUGGCCCGAGUCGCUGUUUGAGACGAUCACCGAGGAGACGAACCGCUACGCCGAGCAGCGCAUGGCCGCGGCGAAGAAGAAGGAUCCCUACUGGGUGCCGACGGCCGUCAACGAGAUCAAGGCGUUUUUCGCGCUCGCCAUCAUGAUGGGCAUCAAGAACCUGCCACGACUCUACUGCUACUGGGCGGGCAACGUGGCGUUGCGCUGCGACUGGAUUUCGGGCACGAUGUCUCACUCGCGCUACGUAAAGAUCAACCAGUACCUGCACGUGCGCAACAACAAGAGCGUGCCGCGCGUCGACCGCCGCGAUUACGACCCCAUCUUCAAGGUGCGCAAUGUGGUAGAGACGGUGCGGGAGAACUUCGGCAGGUACUACUACCCGCACUGCGAGGUCGCCGUGGAUGAGGGCAUGAUUCCCUUCAAGGGGCGCCUCUUCUUCAAGCAGCACAUGCCCGCCAAGCCCACCAAGUGGGGCGUCAAGGUGUGGGAGCUGUGCGAGUCCGAGACCGGCUACUGCCUCAACUUCGACAUCUACACGGGCCGUAACCGCAAGGCAGGACCCACCCACGGGCUGGGCCACCAGGUGGUGAUGAGCCUCACCCAGCCGUACUGGCACCGCAACCACCACGUCUACUUCGACCGCUUCUUCUCCUCGCCCCGGCUGCUCGAGGACAUGCUCAAGUGCAGCCUCUACGGGUGCUCUACCAUCAACAUCAACCGCGUGGGCCUGCCCGACGAGGCCAAGCAGCUCAAGCUGAGGAACAAGGGGGACGUGGAGUUCUUUCAGAAGGGCAACCUGGUGCUGACCGUGUGGAGGGACAAGCGCGUGGUGGUGAUGCUCACGAGCAACUCGGAGGGCAAGAUGCUCACGCUGCCUGACGGGCGCCUCAAGCCCGACGCCAUCAUGAAGUACAACAAGUACAUGGGCGGCGUGGACCGUUCCGACCAGUACCGCAGCUACUACCACGUGGGACGCACCUCCAAGAAGUGGUGGCGCUACAUCAUCUGGUUCCUCGUGAACCUGAGCAUCGUGAACGCGUGGCUCCUCUACCGCGAGUCCAAGCACGACCCGCCGCCUCCCAAGGGCUACGACCACUUCCAGUUCCGCAUCGAGCUUGCCGAGCAGCUCCGCGCCGGCUUCUCGGGCCGCUGCCAGACGAAGGGGCGCAAGCCAAAGCACGACCGCUCCGAGUGCUACGCUGAGGCCAUUGGGGCGCACAAGCUGGUGAGGAUCCCCAACAGGAAGCGCGUGUGCCGCGAGUGCUCGCAGAACGGCAGGAAGACGCGCUCGGGCAGGCAGAUCCAGACGUCGUUCCGGUGCGGCAUCUGUGACCUGCCGCUGUGCCGUGCGCGCUGCUUCAGGGAGUACCACAAGAGCAUCGCCGCUGACGCCGCCAUCGUGGAGGACGUGGGGGGAGAAGACAAGGAGGAUGAGGAGGAUGAAGAACGGGAGGAGGGGGGUGAAGGGGAGGUGGAGGAAGCCGAUGUCGAAAUCGUGUCGGUCAAUGGGCCGAAUGUGGCGAGCGCGGCUUGCCUGGGGGACCAAGAGGUGAGUCAAUCUCCUGCGCCACGGGAACCGAGUUUUAGCGCAGAGGCGAGCAGCACCAGCGAAGCAGCGGAGGUGGCAGGCGACAGGAGGGAGGUGGGUGUAGGGACUCAGGAGCCGUCGCUGGUGGAUCCUCAAAGCCAGGCCAGUGCUCAGCCAGCUAACCCGGUGUGCAGCGGCUCCACGGAGGGGGUCUCGGGGGUGGCGGUCUGCGGCACCAGCACGGAGGACGACGACUUGGUGAUCAUCGUGGAGUCCAGCACGCCACCGCCCGUCUUGCCAAACUUCCAAGAAAAGCGGGCCAUAGUCAAAAUCAAAACGAGGAAGAGGCAAAGGAAGGCCAAAUCGAAAUCUGGCCCAAUGACUAAGAAGGACGUGUCCACGAGUACCUCGGUGGAUGCGUCAGAGGGCAUCCUCACGAGAGGUACCGGGCAAGCAACGUCGGCGCCGGCAGGUCCAGACGGCAGAGACAGCAGCGCAGAGGCAGCCGCCAGGGCCAACGAGAUCAUCGUUAUCGACCUCACGGAUGAAGAGGAAGAGAGCGAUUCACUUCAACAACAACUGCUUCCACCAGCUCAUCCGCUGGUGCCUGCUUCCAAAUGCAAGAAGAAGAAGAAGAAGCGCCCCAAAAAGCGACGAUCCAAAAACAGAAAUGCCGGGGAACACAAAAAAAAAGCCACAGACUCGUCAACAAAAAAAAGAAAAACAGCCAUUAAGGAAAAGGUUGCCGUCAGCAGUCAGAGAAAAGGCGCUCCCCGAGCCUGCAAGGCGGCGGGCAUUGGCGUCUAUCAGGACAAGGUGAACUGUUCUGGUAGGAGUACACCCAGGGCCCACAAACAAGCGCCCGAUGCUGUGAUAAUCGACCUCACUGGUGAAGAUGAAGUCGCGCCAGAGAGCUCGGUGGACAUGGCAGACUCCACACUCCCUUUGGCUCGUCUGGGAGACACCGAUGGUGCGCAGGUCAUGAUGGAGGCGGCAGACAAACGAAAGGAGAACAACAUCCCAGUGGCGGUGGAUGGGGACGUGUCGCCGAAGGAGGAACCGGCGGAUCAAUCACUGAGCAAAGGCGUCCCGAGCGCAGUUUGUCAUCAGCCUCAGGAGGAUGUCACUCGUGGUGAAGACGAGAGCGAGGCUGUGGUCUGUUUGAUAAGCGAUGAUGCGAUCCCAUUGGGUGGUGCUGGUCACGUGUACCCACAGCAAAGGCACGUGACAUCUGCUGCUCUGAGAGCUGAUGAGGACCCCACGAGGCAGGCAGAAGGAACCGCGGCCACCGACUUCAACAUAAAAGCGGAAAGAGGAGACGUGGGCACGGCAACAGCAUUCCAUCCUGAAAAUGCCUCCGCUGAAAUGGAGAGAACAAAGAUGGUGCUGCGUGAAGGCUCGGGCGAUAAAAGCGCAGAUGAAGACGUGAACACUCAUCGCCCCGAAGAGGCCGUUGUGAAAGAUGUUGCGAAAGAUGGGGCUCCACAGAAGUCUGGUGAAGAAAUCACGGUGCCUCAACCGACUGCAAAACUUGAAAAGACUGACGCGCGCACACCGGCCAGUGACCUCCUGCAUAGUCCACCGACUGUCCUCGUCCCAGGGGUUGACGUCACUGGGACUGUCGCCAUCAAUCCAACAGAGGACCCGGUGUUGGUGAGUAUUGGCGGCACCCUCUUGUCCGUAGCAGGAAGCAGACGUGACAUCUCCAAAGACACAACCCGAGAGCAUGCGGAACAGAGCCAAAUGGCCCGCCCCACAGAGAGCAAUAAUCCUCAUCGAGGUGCUGACCCUAAAGGUGCGACGGAUGAAAGCGACAUUGUGGACAGAUGCCGGCUGAUGACAUCCACGCAGUGCGAAGCUUCAGCCCGAGCUGACGUCGGCGAUGGGCGCGUGCGUGAUACAAGACUCUGUGAAACGCAAAGUCGGCAGGGAAAGCGCGCACCGUGCAAUGCCGCUGAAGAAACUGCAAGUGCCAAGGACGUUGGCAAUAUCGGUGACCUAACGUCAUCGUCAUGCUCAACGUCAUCGUCAACAUCGCUGCCAUCAUCGUCCUCGUUCAUUGAUGUUAUCAGCACAACCACUACGUGGACACCAUCAGGCAUCCAAAAUAUUAGCGAUCGAAUGGGCACCGCUAAUCUUUGGCGAACCACCCAUACGCACACGCAGAACUGCGUCUGCUUUAACCCGAGGGCCUUGGAUGACUCGGUCGAAGUGGCCACAGAUUCAAACCAGGAGGAGCACAAAAUCACAGGGGUCUCGGAAAAUGAUGUAAUGACUGAUGCAGACCAACCGAAGAAACCCACUGCUCCUGAGAAAGAUAAACCCCACUAUAUCGAUGAAUAUAUUGAAACAUUAAGCCCCAUGAAAAUUGACAAUGAAGUUAUAUUAUCACCUAUCGAAACUAUGCGUAGCACAAAUGCAACUGUAUCGUCAGGACACUGUACUAAAACGACACAUUUAAAUCAAUCCCACGGUGAAUGGAAAGAGUACAGUAAUGUCACAGUUGAUGACAUUUUGAGCAACUUGAGGGGCAAGGUAAAUAAGACCGGCAAUGCGUCAGACACGAAUGACACAGCUCACGCGGGCACGGGAACGGCUUCCGUUGGUAACUGGUCACGUGGAGGUGACACCGAUGUAAGUUCACAGGUUUCUGACAAGGAGGAAAUAUGGCGGAUCGAUAAACAACACAUUGACAAACCAAGCCCCACUGAUGUUGACAAUAAAGUGACCUCGUCACAGGGCAGUAAUGUUGAUCUCGUCAAAACCGUGCAUACAAUGAAACCACCGCACGAUGAAACCAAACUUGAUAUGACUCCCAUAUAUAUUGAUGAUGAUGAUGACGACGAGACCGUGUCAUCGCCAUUUACUGACACGACUGUAAUACCCGUGAAUAAAGGGAAUGCGAAAAACGCGGCCAACACCACUGGCAGUGCUGUCCGCAAAGGCUGCGCAACAGAUGCUGGGGAAUCUGAGAAGCACAAAUGUCCUCAGCGUAACAUUCCUGGAUAUCAGGAAUCGGCCACUGACGGUCAAGACCCCAACACCCGGGGAGCAAAGCGCUCUUACAACGUACGCGAGGAAGACGUGGGCGUGAUCUAUAUCGACGACGAUGAUGAUGACGAUAAUUCAUCUGUAUCGUUUGCAGAAGUGAGCUCUUCAAAAAGGAUUGACAAUGCCGCAACAGGUGAAACGGGCCAGGAUGAAUCUCGGAAACUCUUCCAUAUGCACAACGGAGACACUGACUGCCGGAACCGGAAAGGUCGAGAAAUUAAUGUAGAUAAAUUAGUGAACACGAGGAAAGGUGUCAAUCCACAGAUAGAGGUCAGUGACCGUGCCGAAUCAUGUGACAUUCGAAGAGAAAAACACCCACGUCUUGAUGACACAAUUCAAAUCGGUGAAACCGGUAAAGAUGCUCUGGUAGCACAGGACAGGGCUGAUGAUGAUGCACUUGCCCCAGACAUGGAUAACCAUGAUGAUGCACCACCUGAUCCAUCAUCGGCCAGUGACGUUAACAUCGCAGCCAGUGCAGAAAUGAGACGUGUCAGUGAGACUGCAGAUGGGAUGGGUGCUGGCGAAAUUCAGAGAUUUGACAACACAAUCACCAUUGAGGGUGUUAUAGAUGCAGGGGAUGAAACUUCUGAAAGUCCUGAUGAAGGUGACGCUGGAGAACACCGAAUAAUGGACAAUAACGCUCAAAGGGUUGGAACGCAGGAAGAAAAUCAUAGACUUUUUGAUGAAGCUGCCGUUAAUAUGUUUUCAUCAUCAUCAUCAGUUAUCAACAUUAGCACCAUGCCCACGACUACAUCAUGUAUUGCUCCCAGUGCAGCAGAUGAUAAGGGCUCUGAAAAUGUUAGAAAGUCCACCAACGCCGACAUAACGAACAUCUGUAAUGCACAAAAUAAGACAAACACAACUCGCGCAGGAGCAUACCAGAAGGACCAAGCAUCAUCAGGGAUCGUGGAAGACACACAAAUAUCCAUCGCCCGUUACAGUGCAGGACGCCCACAGCCCAAGAGUGCUGUUUUAUCACCAUCAUCGUUAUCAUCGUCGCUUAUCGAUAUUAGUUCCACUUCCACUAUCGAUUCAACAAUGAUGACGCGAAUGACGGAUGACAGAGGUGCUGGCUAUUUUCGUAAAACUGGAAGUGCUACGACAGGAGGCAGGUGUCACGAUGCGAAGGACGCGCAAAACACGAUGGCGAGAGCUGCACACAGCACUGGGCAGGGCCGUGCGAGUUCCGGACUCGCUGAUGACACGACGCGACCAGAAAGCGACAAUGAUGGCGUUCAGGUGAGCAGAACCAGAGAGGAACAUUCGCAUCACCGUAGAGACGAGGAGACGCCUGUCAGUCCUACGGAGGGCAAUAGGGACGAAGAUUCCUCACUACUUUCCGCAACUGAGAUCAGUGUUGACUCCGCAAAUAAAUCAAAACAUGUCCGCGGCCGUGCAUUCGAGGAGGACGUUGGUGACAAAUGGAAGAAGACCGGCGCAAUCACGGAUGAAACUCGCUUCGCUGUAAUGGGCGCGACCAUUGGGGUUGACAAAGCCGUGGACUCCAACUUGUGGGGUCGUGGGAUUUCGAUGAACGCCAGAGCAGCUGAAGAUGACAGCCCUAGGCAAGUGGUCACGGCCUCCGAGUUGUGUAGAGAUGCGGGGCGGCAUGGUAGCACGGUGUUCGGUGGAGACUCGCCCUCACCGGAUGGGGAUAAAAAUACGCGUGAUGGCAGCUCGCCCGAACAAGAGAGGAUGUGCCCCUCCGUGAGAGCAGAACCUGGUGGGGUACUCGAAGAACGCGCAGCUCUGGCACGGUGCGGAAGAUCCCACCCGCAGGAAUCGAGAGAAGGUCGCACGCGAGAACACCGUCCUAAAAAAACGGACAAAGCCACCGCUACGGCAGACGGCACAGUUGGAAACAUUGCGAAACCCUCCGACGGCACAGAAAAACCAAUCGUCCAUUCCACCGACUUUCAUGAGAGCUCACUAAACCCUUGCAACAGCGAGUGCAGAAGAUGGAAACUCGCUUCGUGUGUACAUGAGCCACGCGUGGAGCCCGGCAUCGGUAAAGAAUGCGUUGAAGGGGUCACAAAAAGGGCCACAGCUGACGGAAUAACAGAGAACUGUGAUAUCAAAAUUGUGCAUCCGGCAGAUGAUGAGAUUCGUAGGAGGCAAAGUGCCAUCAAUGCACUAAAUGCGUGCGAUCUUGGAUCACCAGAUACAGGAGCGAUAUCCACCCAGUGGGAAGGGCACGGACAGGAAAUUUCCCACAAGCUACUCAGCAUACAAGACGACAGCCGUGGUCUUGAACAAGACUCCAACUCCGCACCUACCAGCGGAUGCCAUACCCAUGUUGUCAGUGAGCCCAUGGACACAAACGAGGGCAUCUGCUGCAGGAAGGAUAGCAGAGAGAAGCCGAAGCUCUGCAUCGACACCCGUGCUUGGAGACCAGAUGGAAGACGGGAGCGCGGUCCAUCUGCCAGUGCUGCCCACGUUGGACCGAAUAAAAGCGCUCACAUCUCUGAUGACCAUUCGGCUUUGCCAAAGAGUGCGGUGUGCAGCUUAAAUGAGGCUGCCACGACCGUGGAAGCAGCAGGAGGUGGCGAUGCCACAGCCAGCGGUCGUGAUGACGAUGGAAAUGUCAAUGCAGCGGUAACGAUAGUGGGUCGUUUGGUCUGCCCGCAUUUGUGGGAUCCUACACCAUCGACCAGCGUGCUCAACCGGAGUCACAAGAGUAGAUUUCAGCAACGUGGCAUCAAGCGACCAGCGACUGAGAACGAAUGCAUGGACCCGUGUGAAACACAGAGUGACGCGACUACAGCGGCGGAAGUGGCAUGGCCAGGCGAGGCCGCCUUCACGGUGCCGAGCGACGCUAAGAGGGCCCGUAUCAGAGAAGAGCAGCCGCAGCCUGACCAAGAGGUCCAAGACGCCGGGUCUGUCGCAGGAUGCGGUGACGAUGAAGCCAUCUCUCCGUUCAAAAUCAUCGCACCACAAGCGGACCCAGACCUCCUCCGCGCUUUUAAUUCACCGCCGAGCCGUUUGGUCUUGUCCUCCAAACUCGACUUUCCGGCAGAGGCAACGUUGGCGCAACUGAUCGGUCAGCAGCGUUCGUCACGUCCAGGUACGAGUGUGGACGAGCCGUCGUGUUUGACAUUGAGCGGCGUCGCAACGCGGUCACUUGGGGACGAUUUGGAGAUGGGCGCCGAUGCCAAGCCAAGCAAGGGCAUCCAGGACUCUCUCCUGACUGCAAGCAGCUUUGCAAGUUGUGGAUCGACCAGCAUCAGCCCGCGAGCCGAGCCGAGCGGCGCCAGGAGAGGCCGUUUAGUGGUGGAGAGUAUGGACAGCAGCGUGGGCUCGUCUCGAGGCAGCGCUUUCUGCUUGGCCCUGGUCACGGGCUCUACGAAAGACGACGUCUGCCCGUCACAAGAACGCCACGAUCCUGAGCCGUCCGUGAACAGCAGCCCGAGUGAAGGAACCAGAGGAUGCAAUGAGCAACAUUACACGUGGAUGGCGGAGGACAAUGCAGGCGAUGUUGAAGCACCAGGACGCAACGAUGAAGAGCUAGGAGGUAAUGAUGAAGCACCAGGAAGCAACGAUGAAGGGCUAGGAGGUAAUGAUGAAGCACCAGGAAGCAACGAUGAAGCACCAGGAAGCAACGAUAAAGCACCAGGAAGCAACGAUGAAGCAUCGGGAUGCAAUGAUGAAGCACAAGUAAGCAACGAUGAAGCGCCAGGAAGCAAUGAUGAAGUGCUAGGAGGUAAUGAUGAAGUGCUAGGAGUCAAUUAUGAAGCACCAGGAAGCAACGAUGAAGCACCAGGAAGCAACGAUGAAGCACCAGGAAGCAACGAUGAAGUGCUAGGAGGUAAUGAUGAAGCAAUAGGAAGCAAUUAUGAACUGCUAGAAAGUAAUAAUGAAGCACCAGGAGACAAUGAUGAAGCACCAGGAAGCAACGAUGAAACACGAAGAGACAAUAUUAAAGCGCUAGGAGGUGAUAAUGAAGCAAUAGGAAGCAACGGUGAAGCAUUGGGAAGCAAUGAUGAAGCACUGGGAAGCAACGAUGAAGCACUGGGAAGCAACGAUGAAGCACUGGGAAGCAACGAUGAAGCACUAAGAGGUAGUGAUGAAGCACCAGUAAGCAACGAUGAAGCGCCAGGAAGCAAUGAUGAAGUGCUAGGAGGUAAUGAUGAAGUGCUAGGAGUCAAUGAUGAAGCACCAGGAAGCAACGAUGAAGCACCAGGAAGCAACGAUGAAGCACCAGGAAGCAACGAUGAAGUGCUAGGAGGUAAUGAUGAAGCAAUAGGAAGCAAUAAUGAAGCAAUAGGAAGCAAUUAUGAACUGCUAGAAAGUAAUAAUGAAGCACCAGGAGACAAUGAUGAAGCACCAGGAAGCAACGAUGAAACACGAAGAGACAAUAUUAAAGCGUUAGGUGAUAAUGAAGCAAUAGGAAGCAACGGUGAAGCAUUGGGAAGCAAUGAUGAAGCACUGGGAAGCAACGAUGAAGCACUGGGAAGCAACGAUGAAGCACUGGGAAGCAACGAUGAAGCACUAAGAGGUAGUGAUGAAGCACUGGGAAGCAACGAUGAAGCGCUGGGAAGCAACGAUGAAGCACUGGGAAGCAACGAUGAAGCACUAAGAGGUAGUGAUGAAGCACUGGGAAGCAACGAUGAAGCGCUGGGAUGCAACGAUGAAGCACUGGGAAGCAACGACGAAGCACUGGGAAGCGACGAUGAAGCACUGGGCAGCAACGAUGAAGCACUGGGAGGUAGUGAUGAAGCACUGGGAAGCAACGAUGAAGCACUGGGAAGGAACGAUGAAGCGCUAGGAGGUAGAGAGGAAGCACUAGGAAGCAACGAUGAAUCCUUGGGAAGCAACGACGAAGCACUAGGAGGUAGAGAGGAAGCAAUGGGAAGCAACGACGAAGCACUAGGAGGUAGAAAGGAAGCACUGGGAAGCAACGACGAAGCGCUGGGAAGCAACGACGAAGCACUGGGAAGCAACGACGAAGCACUGGGAAGCAACGACGAAGCACGAGAUGCCACAGAAGUCGUUGCUGGUGAGCGAGCAUCAUCCGCGAGCGAUGAAUCCCGUAAGGAGCAGGUGGUGCUAAGACGAGCAUCGAGCGGCGAGCCCGAAGCACUCCACGUGUCGGUCAUCGCGGCCCACAGCUUGCCAAGGAGGAGCGCUCACUUCACAAGCGGAGGCAGCGAAGGUGGCAACGAAGAAGCCAAGGACGGGACGGACAGAGGGGAUGCGUCAGAUGUCACGAACGUAUCGACGCGAGUGAGUGGUGGUGGUAACACGGUGGGGGACAUGGCCCGUCACGCGGGCUGGGCUGAACACCGCCACCCCGGUGCGGGCUCCACCGGCGGUGGUGUGUGCGGCUCCAAGGUUGACGACGCUGAAGACGACGACGCUGACGACGCUGACGACGACGAAGACUACGACGACGCUCGCUUCGGCAAACGCGUGAGAGAUGAGCCAUCGCCGCCUGGCCAGGCAAAGGAACUCGCCGAACUCGCACACGCUUCCGCGCCGUUAAGCACGGCGACGAACGCCACUUCCAAGGCGAGGGUCGCCAUCGAGGGGGUAGAUCGAACGGACACGAAGAGCCUCGGCACGACCACCACGACCACGACACCAACGGACGAGCUCGCUUGCGCGUACGAGGACACCACGGAGAAAUAUCGGUGCGAGGUCACGAGCCGCGACGUUCGAGAAACCGCGAAUUCUGCGAUUGCGACGGCUUGUGCCAGAGGGUUCCUCGAGAGAAGCUCCGAGCCGUGCGUGGACGUCCAAAGAGACUUUCGCUGCGUCGAAGACGGCGUAACACCUCCACCACCGCCACCAGGCUGCGGUGGCGGCACUAGGAAAAGGGCGCUCGAGGAGGAGGAAGAAGAAGACGGGAUCAUCCUGUCGAGUGGAUUUUCCAAUGUGGCCAACGAGGCGCGGUCAGGAAGGACGUGCCGCCGCCGCCUCUCGGCCGAGGAGGUCGCCGCACCACUGGGGAGCCCGGCGAGGAAGCUGCGGGUGCUGGAGGCAGCGGCUGCUGGGGUGAGUCCACAGGCGAGGGCAGCAGGGCAGGAGGGGCAGUAAAAGGGAAGCGGCACUCACUCACCUCCCAACUGCAGGCCGAGACGGCGGUGUAUUUGUUACCAAGGGGCAUUCGUUUUUGAAAACAUUAAAUAAUUUGCCCGAGUUACUCGAAAAUGUGGAUAAUGUUGGUUGGGGUAGAAUUAAGGAUCACAUUUGGGCUUCGGCCAUUUGACAAGAUUGAGGAAUAGGGUUGGAGUCAAGGAUAAGGUAAGGAUCAGAAAGUUGGUCAUGGUUAGGAUUAGGGUUGAAAUUUGGGAUUUUAUUUGGAUCAAUGCUUUAAGUUUAGCACACACGUUUGUAUGUUUACCGUUGACAUCACCGCUGCACCUUUUCAAUGAUACGUCGACAUUUAGGGUAUGGGACAUUCGGCUGGAGAAACUAGUCCUCGUCUUGAUACGUGGGUGUGACGUGGGACGAGGACAGACCCAUCAGACUUGAGCAAACACAAUCCUGGCGGCUUGCAGGACGAGGUGGAGUUCGUCUCGAGCAUCAUCCCUUGGACGAGCUUGCAAUGCUUACUAAACCCCCACCAGUCUUCACGUACACAUCGAAGGCACGGCGCGCGGCAUGGCCAAGGCUCGAGACGCAGCCAUGCGGUGUCUUUUUCAGGUUCACGCACGACCCUUGGCUGCAACUCCCACCCAUCUCCGCCGCAUGCGCUCCAUGCAGUUUCCAUGCGGAAACAGCGUAGGUGACAUUCGAGUCACUGGCUCACCCCCCGAGAUAAAUCAACCAUGGCAGCGUCUCAAUGUGACACAUGACGCAUCCUGGGAAACUUCUCCAUGCACACGCUGCCACGGUCUCCAUUGCUGUUGUCAGUCGCUUAAAAUUACCCUUUGGGUAACCAGCGUCCAAUAAACUCGAUUGCAGUGACACAGCAGGACGGAAUGGUGAAAUGUGUAUUGCACUAAGCUUCCACCACACAAACUCCUUGCUUAAAGAAGUUUCACCAUGCAAUACUUACACGUUCGGUCGUGCCACGAUUUAUAACGCCAACUCAUUCCUUGUUACAUAUUGUGAACGAUAUUUUUGGAAAAAGUACGUGUGCAACUUGAGAAACAUUUGGUUUUUUUACUGUGUAGCCUGUAUGGUGAGUGCAGUCAGUGUUAAGCAUCGGUGUUUUGGAAAAUCUUAAUCCACUUAUCCUCCCAGGCCCUCUCCAUUCUAUGCCAUGCGAGUCAAAUAUUCCGCUGUUACACGGUGAAUAGACUGGACUCGGUCCAUACAAAAGCUGCCACAAUGUUCUUGCUUCCGUUAACCUUCGCUCUUAAAAGUUAUUGCAACCUUUUCCCAAAGCUAUUCAUGUCUACCAACAUUACUUCCUCCUUCGACGAUCGAGGCCAGACAUCAAAUCUACAAAUAAUAGGAAUUGGUACUGCACACGUGUUUGAGCCGUGUUGUAUAUCCUUUCUGAAGUGUUUUCAGGUUGUGCCACGUUAAUGUCCGACAUGUUGCACCACGUACUCAGGCUCCCAGUUCCUGAAGCUCUUAGCUUAUGGGAGCGAAACGUUGGCACACCAUGCCAAACACGCGGCACAAGAAAAUGCAUCAGAGAAAUAUAUACAGACAUUAGUGACUUGCACUGGGUCGUUGUGACCUUGGGAAGUAUUGGCGUGUAAUGGAGGGGCCUUGAGGUGUGGAGUUGAUAACUUGUGUCAAGUGGCCGAAAUCUUGUCGUCUGACUCGUCUCCAAUCCCUGUGGUUUUGGUCGGAGCAAUGGAAUUAACGAAGUGAUCGCGUUGUUAACGUUAUAGAAAGCAGUUUUUGUGAUCGUGCGAAAAUGUGGCCGUGGUUAAUGGAGGGAAUCACAAGAUCACCAGCGUCUACUGCUGUUCGGUGUCUUCUAGAACCUCGUGGUGCCUGCCUGGUCGCGGAUGUUUGGAAUAAAAUGGGUGCGGGAGGCGUCAAUGAACGCCAACUUGAGUUGGUGUUCAUAACGCACUUUAAACACACUUACAAUUAGCCACCCAAAUGGGUUUCUGUGCAGUGGCAGAUGUGGCCUCGGCCACAUUUAAAACCACUGUAAACCCCAGGGUGCUUGGGAGUGGUGGUGACAUGGAGUUAAACCAGAGAAGGAUUAACCACAAUUUGUUUCGAAGCGAGGGAUUUGUUAGUCUAAUAGCCAUUUCGUAUAUACAAAAAAAUAAUUUAACAGCUUAAGUACUAAAUAUUGUAGCAACAUAAGACAAGCGAGUAAUGAAGGUAUGCAUUUGAUUUGUGACGUAGGAUGUUUAUACAUUUUUACUUGGUAAUCUUGGUCCACAUGUCCCAAGAAAACAACAAAAACAGUAGCUUUUGUUGAACAUCGCGCACAAUAAACUCAACUGGCACGCUGUUUGCAGGAACUCUGCAACUUGAUGUUUUUGACAGAUGGGCGGUAUAAGCGUCUUAAGAGCCGGAUAUUAAGAGUAGAUGAAACGAUGCACUUAUUAAUUAUUCAACACAAUCAUAGGAAAAUGCACUUAGAAAUAGAAUGGCCUUUAAAUUAGCCCAAAUGAAAGUUGCCGACAUUGUAGCAUCUCGCCCUCAAGUGUUUUAUUUUGCCCCUCGUCAGCCUCUCACCAACCAGGUGAGCCCACCAGUCAACCACAGUAUCUUACCAAGUUGUCCAUGCAUCAGCUCGAGCGUACUGUUCACGAUCCGAUGAUGCUCGGAGCAAGGCUGCUCCAACUCCAGCCCUCGUUUUGAUCAAUUAACGGAUGGACCACUGCAUCAUUGUUGUCAUGAUUCACAACCGAGCGGAGAUAAGCAAACGAUUUAUACAAUUGUAUUUGAUAACAAAUGGUAUUCCAACUGCUAUGUAAGUCAUAACAUCAGAAGUCUU